UAUUUAAACACACUAUCAUUUGUCUCACGACUAGAUAAGCUGGAGGGAGAUAUCAAGCUGUCACUAAAUGUAGAGUCACUUGUCGCAGGUGGCGUGGAAAAGGACAAGAAGAAAGAACCCUACGAGAAGGGAGCUGUCACCAACAAGAUAUAUCUGUGGACAAAUGGCAUCGUGCCUUAUGUUAUUGACUCAGCAUUUGGUAAGAUGCCAUCAGGAAUUCCAGAGUAAAGAAGCCUUUUUCCCUUUGUGGCGAAUCAAAGAGUAUUUCUUGAUGGUCGGUCGUAUACGUAAUUGUUAUCUUUUUAGAGACCGAGCCAAAGGGAGGGUUUGAGGGUCCUGGGGCCUGGACCCCUCCUUUUUUGUUAGAUUUGAGAUUUGUUAGAUUUUGGUUGCGCCACGUUAGAUGUUACCUAGGCCCCCCCCCCCGGUUUUGUCAUAUUCUAAUGACCCACCCUCAUUGGCAAUCAAUUUUCAAUACUCUCCCCUUUAUACUCUGUUUUAGACGAAUUAAUCUCACCCUCUGUUCGCUCUGCAAACCAUGCGAUCCUCCCCCAAAAAAGAUACUUCCCCCCCUUUCCCGCGAUAAAUAUUUACUGUUCCCUUACUAUCAUGGGGAACGAGUUGUACUCUGAGCGGUACCUUCUCCCAGCAGUAUAUUUCCCACAGAAAUUGUUUGCAUUUUUUUUGUGAAUAUUGUAACUAGGCUUGCUGAAAUGUGUUUGGUUUUUCUAGGUAGGUACUCAAGCGACAGUCAAGCCAUAAAAGACGCAAUAGCUUCUGUAGAACAGAUCUCCUGUGUACGUUUCAAAACAAGGACAAACGAGCAGUAUUACAUAAAGUUUGUCAGGGGAAAUGGGUAGGUGCAAAGUAUAAUCAACACUGAAAACAGCCGUGACCAAAACAGAAGGCACAAAAAAACAACAACAGAAACAACAUUAACAACUUUGAAAUGAUAACUUUCCUCAGCGUACACACUCUAGCGGAUCCCCAUACCUAAGAAACUCGCAAAACUUGUCGACGGCAAAGUGACUUUAAUUAAUAAGAAAAUUCUUUAUCUUCGUGUGUUUCAUUGACUGGUUAUUUGAUUUCUAGUCUAAUCUAGUAUUUCAAUGACCAGGAAGUGGCCACCCUGAUGAUAAUUUCCUUCGUCAGGAUCAAGAAAUAAGACACAUCCAAAUGUUAUUCGACUGCAUGUCAUUCCGAACCCAAUGCACAUCAUCCAUUAGUGAGAUGCCGGACUGUAGCGCACAGUGGUCUCAAUCUUCAAAUUUCAUUCUGUCCCGCCAACUCCAAUUACUCUUAAAGAACGAUGAAACAAACAUUCCUUCCAUUUUUCAAUUCAACCGACAUCAAAACAAUACCAUGACGUCAAGUUCGCCUGACACGGACACUUCGUUUGAAACAAGGUCGUACUAUUGUCGUGCGGUAUGGCAAUCGUGUCAAAUAGUCGUGCCACACUUGACAUGGUUUGGUGACUUCAAUGGUUUCAAACGUCGUGCCAUUGCCAUUCUUACAUUGAGUUUAACCAUUGCAACGGUGUGAGGUUUGGAACAGACCCAAACUACUAUCACAUAUUUUACACUCAUCCUAAAAUCGCUGGAAUCAUCAUAACUUUAUGAGAGUAAUUACCUAAACAGUAGGUUAUAUUUUACUUAAGGUUUUCAGCAUAAAAAUAUAUAUACUCGCCUCAUUAAGUGAUUUACUCGUUCAGCGUUUUGAGAACCAACGUCCCAACUGCAGUUAAUAGACAAAAAUAGCAGCUGAAUAUUGAGUCAUAUUUUAACCAUUUAACAAAUCGAGAUUAAGGGAUGGAAAUAGGAAGUAAGUAUAAAAGGGCUCAUAGGCAAUUAAUACCACGACAUUUUAUGAUAAUAAAUAUUAAUAAUGAAUGUUUUCUAUUUGUAUGAUAACCAGCUGCUGGUCCUACGUUGGUCAAGUGCACAUGUCUGGAGGUCAGCCACUCAGUAUUGGAACAGGAUGUGGUUUUAUUGCAACGGUAUUACAUGAACUCAUGCAUGCCCUGGGAUUUUUCCAUACCAGUUCACGUCAUGACCGCGACUCAUAUGUUGUCGUUAUUUCUAAAAAUAUCAUGAAAGGUAAAUAUAUAAAGGGGGUAAGUUUCUAAAGAAACUGUGUUGUUGCGUCGUUGGGAGGCUAUAACAGGGUAAUUCAGUUUUAUCAGCUGAGUUGAUAAAGUAAAUUGGCUACCGUAAAGAGUUUGAAACUUGUCGUUUCGAGCGUUAGCCCUUUGUAAUUCUCUGACGAAGGGGCUAACGUCAGCUUUAAAACUCUUUACGGUGGCCAAUUUACGUUAUCAACUCAGUUGAUAACACUAAAUUACUCAGAGGUUUUCGUUCUCUGUCUAUAAAAGCGCAAAUAAAAUACUUGGACAAAAUUUCGCCAUGGUUACCUCACCGGCUUGAUUAAUAUUUGAUGAUCGCUGUGGUUUUUCAAAAACUCUAUUGGUAACCCAUAAAAGUUAUGAGCCUAACACUUUCUUUUCUUUACAGGCUAUGAAGCAAAUUUUAAAAAAUAUAACCAUGGUAUUGUAGAUAGGCUGGAAGCACCGUAUGAUAUGACGUCUCUGAUGCACCUGCCAAGGAACGCCUUUAGUAAAAAUGGUCUGAACACUCUGGAAGCACGUGCUGGACCAAACGUGCCAUUAGGAAGAAGAGAUCGACUGUCUGAAAUUGAUAAGGCCCAGCUGAAUUCACUAUAUAGCUGCACAGGCUACCCAAGUUAGUCAAUGUUCACGCCGUCCGUUUCCCAUUUUAGUUGGGGAAUUGCAUGUCAGAUAGCAAAGGAAUGUGUGCGAGUGUGAUUAUAGGCAAACGGAAAGUAAUUACAUCAGGAAAUUGGAGCUUUAAUUCACAUCACAACGAACUAAUGAGAACUCCGAAGGGUCUUUUAAAAGCGUUGAAAAAUGCAGUUGACCAAGUUUUGAACUCAAAUCACUGAGCGUAUGUGGUGCGAAUUUGUUUCCUGUUCUUUUUCUUGAAUAAAACAAACCAAAAUGGCAUAGAUCGAGUCCGUGAAUAUAAUCAGUCAGCAUGAAAUCCUGGGUUAACCUCAUUUCACUUCAAGGAAAAAAUUUUUCAGUGUGAAAUGAAGGCGUUUAAUCAUGUCCAUGCGCCUUUGGUCUCCAGUGCUUGUAUAUUUCUGUUGAGCGAAGCUAACUUGCAUCCCCCUUGUGAAGCCUCCAUUGAUUGCAAAUUAUAUAUUUUUAUUAUUGUUACAAAAGCACCCGUUUUUUAAAUAAUUCUAGAAUGUUACGACAUUUUCUGUAAAUUUUAUACAUACUGUUCCACACUGUAAGCAUGCGAAGAGAGAAACAUGUAACGCAUGCAACUUGCAUGUUGGGCAUCCUAUUGUGUGGUCUGAUUGAUUUUUCAAGCAGUCUCUUUAUUCCCCGGAUAGAUUGUUACAAGGCGUUCGGUAUGGAGUCUUUUAAAAUCCCCGACUCCAAAAUAACAGCCAGUUCGUAUAAAAUGUAUCACGAACCUCAUCAGGCCAGGCUACAUAUGCAAGCCAGCGCUUCUGGGGACGGUGCUUGGUGCGCUGGUCAGAAUCUACACCAAGGAGAAUGGCUACAGGUACAUGAUUCACAUCACACAAUCUAGCAAUUUGUGAAAAAGUACAUUUUGAAUGAUUAACCCGCAGGGAAUGUUAGCUACGAAGACUAUACGAAGAGGCAGUGGCCAAAUUGUUUGUGCCUAAGAAUUAAGACAAAGUCUGAUUCGAGCCCUAGUCGAAAUCAUUCCUUUUGUGUUUUAGUAGACUACAAAGCAUCUUGUACUCUGGAAGUGCCUAUCCUUCUUCAAGAUUAUGGAGUGGUGUAGGCGAGUUCUCUUUAAAGUCUGACGAAACUGUAGGGCUGUGGGCAGCCUAAGUGGUUUAGUUCUUAUAUAACAGCACUUACAGUUACAGAUUAAUACCAAAACUUCGCUUGGACUAACACCCUAUCUAAAACAUUUGCAAUACUCUAUAGUCGUUAGAUGGUACGGACGUGGGAUUAACUCCCACAGUUUAAGGCAGAGGUUUCACCCUGCAUGCUGGUGAUUUUAUGUGCCUCCUUAAGACCUGAGAGGCGAGGACGCGAACGGUUUGGAACUAAUUUCUCCUAAUUUUUCCUUUCUAAACCUCUCGCAUCUUCACCACUCGUGUUUUUGGCUCCGCCACCCAGCGUUUCAAAGCAAAUUCAAAACAGCUGGCCACGCAGAAUUUAUGACUUCACCAGGAUUUAUCAACACCCAGUUUUACAACGCUUAAAGAGGAGCAGUGAAAUCCGCAAAUUUAAAAAAUGAAUAUUUUGUUGUCCUUUUAGCUGAAUUAAUUCUCUGGCCUGAUAUGUGUUCUCAUUUUUUUUAUUUUGAUUCAGGUGGACCUUGAAGGAAAAAAAGUUGUAACAGGAAUUGCAACCCAGGGGAAAUUGGGUCUGUUCGUCAACGCGUGGACAACAUUCCUUGAAUUACGGUACAGCUUGGACCAAAACACAUGGUAUCCAGGAUUUAACGGCCAGGUAAACCGUCAGGGUGAAAAUAGCCAGACUAAAUAUAUCUUGUACUUUAAAAGCCAUGUUCCUAGAAUAUCCGUAAAACCAGGUCCAUAUCGGUACGUACAAGUUUGACCAUCAAUUUUAGAUCACUAUUUAGAAUAAGUUCCAUCCUGUUUCUUUUGAUUUAUUUGCUACUGUUAGGUGUUUCACCAGGCAAAGGAUUUCUUCAAGGUUCAAUCUAUUUAAAGCAAUUCUCUAAACGUUUCUAAAAGUGUCUCCUCUAAUAUCUAUGUGCUUGCCAUUAAUCUACACGCGUCACGUGUCCAAGUAUGCCCUAACGAAAGAUUAUUAAAAAAAAAAGGAAUAUUGGAGAAUACUUUAUUCUUGGUUAUUACCUUGGAAGCUCACAAAGAAUUUUCCUUGAUGGGGAAUGGCUUCUCUUGCGUACUCGAGUGACAUGUCACAUUCAGACAUUCAGUUCAAAAGAGGACUAAAAGAAUGAACAUAAAAUUCAAAGUCAUUUGUUAUGAUAAAGAUUGCAUGUGUGCAAAAUCGAUCGUUCAUGUACAGAAGUAACCUUCAUCCAUGCCUAUUUUGACAACUUAAUUUAUAUACAUUAUUUUCAGUUAAUUUCUGCAAACUUUGACAUGAAUUCGGUUCAAUAUAAUCGAGCGCCAAAGCCUUUCACCGCACGCUACGUGCGAUUUGAACCGAUGUUUUGGUACAACGAGAUUUGUCUCAGGGUGGAAAUAUACGGCUGUGACGGUGAGUAA